AGAAUCAUUUCAACCAAUAUACAAACUCAAUUUCAGUAAAACCCCAGAAAAUAAAGUCAAAAAAUGGGAAGCACAAGCACCCUCAUCCACCACAAUCUUUAUCUCAACACAAGCAGAAGCUUCAACUGUGUGAAGUCAACAACAAAUCAUUCAAGUUGUUUGCAAAUCAAUCAAAGGAAACACCCUUUAAGUUUCUCAUGUAGAAGGCAAAGAAAGAUGAGCAAAGUUGUUUGCUUUGCUCUUGAGGAUAUGCAAACAAGAGCAGUUGUUGAAGAUAGACCUGAACUGGUUGAUGACAUCCAAGAAGAUGCACUAGCAAACACUGAUUCAACAGAUAAUGGAAGUGCUCUUUACAAUUUUCUGUAUCCUGAUAAGGAACUCCUUCCAGAAGACAAAGAAAUGACCAUAUUUGAUCAUCUUGAAGAGCUACGAGAUAGAAUCUUCGUGUCAGUUUUGGCAGUUGGGGCUGCCAUCAUGGGAUGUUUUUUCUAUUCAAAGGAUCUCAUAAUGAUUCUUGAAGCUCCAGUUAGAACUCAAGGUGUUCGGUUCUUGCAGUUAGCUCCCGGCGAGUUUUUCUUUACCACUAUAAAGGUAUCAGGCUAUUGUGGCCUUCUUAUAGGAAGCCCCGUGAUUCUUUACGAAAUCAUCGCUUUUGUUCUUCCUGGAUUAACAAGAUCAGAAAGAAAAUUCUUGGCCCCGAUUGUUCUAGGAUCUUCGAUACUUUUCUACACCGGAAUCGCCUUUUCAUACGUGGUGCUUACUCCCGCUGCUUUAAAUUUCUUUGUUAGUUAUGCCGAAGGGGUUGUCGAAUCGUUGUGGUCUAUUGACCAAUACUUCGAGUUCGUAUUGGUACUCAUGUUCAGUACAGGCUUGUCUUUCCAGGUCCCGGUUAUACAACUUUUAUUAGGGCAAGUUGGGUUAGUGUCGGGUGAUCAAAUGUUAUCGAUAUGGAGAUAUGUAGUAGUUGGUGCUGUGGUUGCAGCCGCUAUUGUGACUCCAUCAACAGAUCCUCUGACUCAGAUGCUUCUGGCGGGACCGCUUUUGGGUCUUUAUUUUGGUGGUGCGUGGACCGUUAAGCUCAUUGGUAAGUAAGUGGCUCGGUCCCAAAUCGGUCACUGGCGCACACCAUUUUGUGUACCAAUAGAAUGAGAUAAAACUACAUGUAGAUGUACAAUGAUUGUGCUUUUUUGUAGAAUGUAUUUGUUAUAUGUUACUGGUAUAUAGAACGAGCUCCAGUAUAAUAACCAUCGACCCACUGUGUUCUACCCCAGCCCCAUGAUUAACUUAGUAUUCGACU